CCGCUCAAAAGGCUCUCAAAACAGGCAUUAAAAGCAUGCUUGUCUUUACGAGGGAGGGUGAAGAAGCAUAUGAAAAAGAGUUUAAUUUUAAGAAUACUUGUUCAUUUUUAAUGGGAAAAUCACUUGGUGGAAUAUUCGAUGGUGAAAGAAUAAGAAUAGAACUUAGAAAAGAAUUACAAAAGUAUGAAAAAGAAUUAGAGGAAGGAGAUGAGAAAGUGAAAAACCUUCCUUGA